CGCCCCGACCAGAAGGGAAAUAGAAUUUGCCACCUUAUCGGGCACCCAGCACUCUCCACACUCUUAUUUUGGGGCAGUUGGAGAAAAAGGUAGAGGAAAUAAUUCUGAUUAAACCAAAACAAAGACAGAAACCAAAUAAUGGGAAAUACUUUCCAUUCAGGCACACCACACCAAAUAAACCGAUAAAAGCUGACUCUUGAAUUAUAUAUUUUAAUUAACUGACCCACAGAUACGGCAUAUCUGUGGGCCAGUUUGGGAGCCGGAUAGGUCUCCAAGUUGUAUAAAAGACAAGGGCAGUGCCCAUAGAGUUUGCAAAACCACCUCCAAUCAAUCAUGAAGAGUAUAAUUUUAGUCUUGGCCCUGGCCGUGGCAGCUAUCUCUGCCUUGCCCCUGGAGAACGACCAAGAUGCAACUGCUCUGGACUUGGCCAACGAGCUGGGAAUCGAUCUUAGCCUGGACUUUGGCAUAGACAUGGACCUGGAACUGGAACUGGAACUGGCGGAAGAUGGCACCGUGGCAAUUGCCGAAUUUGGAAUUUGGAAUAAGCUGGUCUCCAAGAUCAUUGCCAAGUCAAAGGCCCUGGCCAAGGAAAUCGUACUGCUGACGGAGCGUCAACUUUUGAAGAUCUUCCUGUACCCGGUCCACCAGCUUGAGCAACUGGUCGAGGAUAUCGAACGACGGGCGGUGGAAAGCGAAGAGUGCGUGGCAAGGGAGUCGGUACACAUUGCCGGCAUCGUGGAGGACACCACGCUGGAAUUCGUGGGCUGUGGACGCGAUGCCGCCGUCAGCUCCAUCAACAUAAUCCUGAAUACCAAGCGUGCGGUGUUCCAGCUGAUCCUCGAUGCCUACCGGCUGGCGAAGCUGAAGAGAAAGUGCGACUCCUACAAGAGCGAUGCCUUGAAGAAUACCUGCAAAGUCAAGCUGGGCGCUAAAAUCGGAUUGUUUGCCUUCGAAGGCCAGAAGUCCCUGCGCUACCUAAUCGGUCUGAGACGCAGUGUGCCCGCCGUGGCCCACGAUGCCACUUCCUGCACUAAUGCAGCCACCGCGCAUGCCGUACAGGGCUUUGACGAUAUUAAUGCCAGUAUCAACACCUGCAUCAAUACUAUUUUCUUCUAAAAACUUUGCAACCU